UUUCUUCCCCCCCCCAUUCAUUUUAUUAUUAUUAUUAUUUUUAUUUAACCAAACUCUCUCUCUUUCUUUCCGUUUCUCUCUCUAUUGGAGGGUGUGCCGGAAAUUAUCACCGGAGUUUCUCACAAUUACGGUUUUUUGCUUCCCACCCUUUGCAAAACUUUUUUUUGCUCGUUUGUUAUUAUAUUUCUUGGAGAGGAAGAGAAUUUUGAAAUUGAGCGAAACCUUUUUUUUUUUUUUNGGGGGGGGGGGGGGAAUUACUAUAGUAUAAAUCUCUGCUGGUUUAUUAUUAUGAUUGGAUAAACAGAAAAAAACCAAAAAAAAACUAAAAUAAAAAAGAAAGGAAAGGGAAGAUAAAAAGAGAAGAAGAAGAAGAACUCUUUCUCUUUCUCUUUCUCUUUGUCUUCUUCAUCUCUUUCUCUCUCUCUCUGUUCCUUUUUCUGUUCUGUUUUCUUCGGGAACGUGAAGCCUAGAGAAACAAGAAGAAGAAGAAGAAGAAGGUUUUACACUUUUACGAGAUCCGUUUCAGUAACUUCUUUUGUAGCUGCUCUUUGCUUUGCUUUAAGAAUUAAGACAAGAAGAAGAAGAAGCAGAAUUGUCUUGUUCCUUUUUUCAUCAUCUGCUGUGUACAAUGCCGUCUGAUAUAUUGGAACCAAGAGGUGUGCCAACACCUUCUCAUUUUCAUGAAGACAUUCGCAUCACUCCUGAGAAACAAUUCGGUUUCAUGAAAAACAACAACCUGAUGCCUGAAAGUGGUGGGGAUAGAUGUUCUAAUCUACCGACUAGUUCUUGGACAUCUGACAGUUAUCAGCUCUCUCAACAAUCAAGCUUGUCUGGGGCGCUUCCUUCCUUUAUCCCUAAUGGAAAGACAACUAAAAGUGAUACUCACUGGGAGAGCAGUCUAUUUUCCAGCUCUCUCUCUGAACUUUUUAGUAGAAAAUUACGGCUACCAAGAAGUGACAAGUUAGCCUUUCCGUCUGCAAACCGUCAGGAAGAACCUUUUGAGUCUUUAGAAGAGAUGGAGGCACAGACUAUUGGAAAUCUUCUUCCUGAUGAGGACGAUCUUUUUGCAGAAGUUGUUGGUGAUGGUGUUCAUAAUAAGUCCCGUGCCAAUGGUGGAGAUGAUUUGGAUGAUUGUGACCUUUUCAGCAGUGUUGGUGGCAUGGAACUUGAUGGAGAUGUUUUUUCGUCUGCGUCUCAAAGAGACGGAAUGAGAGGCAGCAGCAAUGUUUCCGUUGUUGGUCAACAUCCCCGAGGAGAAACUGUAUCCAGAAUACUUUUUGUUACGAAUAUGGAUAGCAUCAUUGAAGAUUACGAGCUCGAUGCCCUUUUUGAGCAAUAUGGAAAUGUUCGAGCUCUUAACACUGCUGGCAAGAAUCGUGGCUUUAUCAUGGUAUCAUACUAUGAUAUUAGGUCUGCUCAGAAUGCGGCAAGAGCACUCAAUGGCAGACUCUUCAGGGGAAGGAAGCUUGACAUUCGUUAUUCUAUCCCAAAGGAAAAUCCCAAAAAAGAGAACUCUAGUGAAGGAGCCUUGUGGGUAAAUAAUGUUGAUUCUUGUAUAUCCAAUCAAGAGCUUCAGAGAAUAGUCAGACCAUAUGGAGAAAUCAGAGAGGUUCGUAGAACGAUGCAUGAGAACUCACAAAUUUACAUAGAGUUCUUUGAUGUUCGAGCUGUAGAGGCCACACUUCGAGGACUAAAUGGACGUGAGGUCGCUGGGAGGCAGCUUAAGCUUUCACCAACCUGUCCAGAGGGUACAAGUUUCUCGCCACAAUUUGCUGCAGAUGAUGGGAGACAUUUCCCAGGUUCGACCUCCAUUGAUGGUGCAUAUAUGCGAGCUAUGCACAAUUCUGUUGGGUCACCUGUGAACUCAUCAUUCAUUGAGACUCAUCAGAGUCUGGAUGGUCCUAUUGGUUUGCCACCAUCCUCAAGAGUCAUCUCAGCUAGCAAGCCUGUUGGUCUUCAGGACACUGGAAACCGUUUUGAUAAUUCGAAAUCGGGGAUCCAAAGCAUGCCAAAUCUACAUCCUCAUUUUCCUGAUUAUCUUGACAACUUUGCAAGUGGCAGUCCAUAUAAAUCCUUUACUACAUUCUCUGAAAUGGUCAGUAAUGGCCAAAAAGCAAAUGAAGGCUUUAUGAUGAGCAAUGUUCGUGGAAGUGUCAUAGGUUCUCCCAUAAAUCAAGGAUCCCAUCGCGCUAACCUCAACCUAUGGAGCAACUCCAACACUCAGCAACAUAAUACCUCAAGUGGAAUGAUGUGGCCUAACUCACCAUCUCACGUCAACGGCAUUCCUACUCAGCGCAUCCCACCUGUUACUGGAUUCUCAAGAGCAUCUCCUCUAAUGGUGAACAUGGCAUCAUCGCCUGUGCACCACCACAUUGGAUCAGCCCCAGUAAUGAACUCACCUUUUUGGGAUAGAAGACAGGCAUAUGUAGCUGAGUCUCCAGAAUCUUCUGGAUUUCACUUAGGUUCUCAUGGUAGCAUGGGAUUUCCUUGCUCUUCACCCUCACAUCCAGUUGAAAUUGGUUCCCAUAAGGUUUUAUCUCAUGUUAGUGGCAAUCCAAAAAAUGCUGUAUUACGAUCAUCGAGACAGAUGCCUCACCUCUUCACUGGAAGGAGCCCAAUGCUUUCAGUUUCAGGCUCUUUUGACUUGCCUAAUGAACGGUACAGGAAUCUCUCACACAGACGAAGCGAAUCUAGCUCUAGUAAUGCUGAGAAGAAACUGUAUGAGCUUGAUGUUGAUCGCAUAUUAAGUGGGAAGGACAGCAGGACAACAUUAAUGAUAAAAAACAUUCCUAAUAAGUAUACUUCUAAGAUGGUUCUAGCUGCCAUUGAUGAGUUCUGUAAAGGAACAUAUGAUUUCCUAUAUUUGCCAAUUGACUUCAAGAAUAAAUGCAAUGUGGGAUAUGCUUUCAUCAACCUUACCGAACCUGAAAAUAUUGUUCCGUUUUAUAAGGCAUUCAACGGUAAGAAAUGGGAAAAGUUCAACAGCGAGAAGGUGGCAUCUCUUGCAUAUGGUCGGAUUCAGGGAAAAUCAGCUCUCAUUGCCCAUUUUCAGAACUCAAGUUUGAUGAACGAAGACAAACGUUGCCGGCCGAUUCUCUUCCACACCGCUGGUCCAAAUGCUGGUGAUCAGGAACCAUUUCCGAUGGGUUCAAACAUCCGGUCAAGACCAGGCAAGCCUCGAACAAGUAGCAUCGAGAAUUACACCAACUUUAGCAGUAGCUCUGAUAACCGGGAAGAACCUUUUAAUGGGACCGACUCGAUGUAACAAAUGAUGAGGCAGCAGACAGUUUUCAUGUCGUAAAGCCAGACUAACCUUAGACGUCUUCUAUCAGAGGUUAAAAAGAACCCCAAAAGAUUAACACAAGGUAAAAAUAUAUAUGUCGUUGACACUUGACACCCCCACAGCUAUGUAAAUCCUUGGGGGUGUGGUAAAUUACCUGAGAAAACUCAUUUUGCAGAGGAGAAAAGUUUUUUGAACUUGGUCCUUUAAACUCAUUCAGGGUUGUUGCUUCACAAGUUUUGUUGUAUCAUUAAACCUCCUAGAGAAAUCUUGCUGGCUUUUUUCUCUUUUUGUUUCUGACUUUUUUUUUUCUUCAAAAAUUGUUGGGUUGUGUCGACAAGCAUCUUGUCUUUUUUACUUGCAUACAAAUGUAACAACCUAGUACGAUAUAUUACGUUUCUUCGCCAGCGUUUUGGGACCA